AUGAAACAUAAUGUUUCUGUCAUCGUCAUCGAGAUCCUAAGGACACGAAGCGCUCAUAAAAUUUUAUUGUUAUAUUGAAAACUACUCAAUCAAAUAGUGUAAAAAUAAUUUAAAUGAAUAAUCCUGUCAUGAAUUCUGCAACCCCUGGUGUGCGGCAGGUGCCGCUGCUGGACGACGACACCAUCGCCUUUGGAGAGGAGGACAACGCCAACAAGAGGUUCGUCCAUCCAUACAUAGUGUUCUUCCACCUGGUAUUCCGUGUGUCGGCGCUGGUGGUGUACCUGCUCUGCACAUGGUUCUCUGAGUCAUUCAUUGCCAGCUUCGUGCUGGUCAUCUUGCUGCUCUCCGCUGAUUUCUGGACUGUCAAGAAUAUUAGUGGUCGUCUGCUGGUAGGAUUAAGGUGGUGGAACUAUGUAGAUGAUGAUGGCAAAUCACACUGGGUGUUUGAAGCUAAGCAGAACCGUGUGAACCCGAAUGAGAGCCGUCUGUUUUGGUUGGGGCUGAUCCUGUGUCCCCUCAUGUGGAGCAUGUUCUUCAUUGUCUGCCUCUUCGGACUCAAGUUCAAGUGGAUGCUGCUAGUCCUCAUAGCGCUGACGCUCACAGGCGCAAACCUGUACGGCUACAUCAAAUGCAGGUUCGGCGCCAAGGAGAACCUCAAGUCAGCCACGACGGACUUUGUUCGAACCCAGAUCCUGCAGAACGCAAGCUCCUUCAUGUUCGCCCAGCCCGCGCCGCCCACUGCUACUGGCAACACCGGGGUCGUCUGAACAUAUUUGAUGAAGUAAAAGCUGGCAGUAAAAGAUGAUUAAAGGUGAACGCGCAUCUAGACGUGCCGCAGGAGUCGCACGCGUCUUAAUCAUAGUAAAUGCGGGUAGUGCGGCGCGGAUUUUUGUCCGGCCAAGUAGUUAAAAAAAGCGACGCGGAUAGGUGCGCGACGUUGCAUAUGACUUCAUACAAAGAUUGAUAAAAUGCGAGGACUACUGCGCGUGCGUCUCCUACGCGUCUAGGUGCGUGUUUACCUUAUUGGACUGUUCCAUAUCAUCCUGUUGCCUGAGGUUACCACCAAUGUACAUCAAGUCUACUGACUUGUGCUAUACAUUUCGGACGCUUUUAAACAUAUAACAAUCUGCCAGUUUUUCUUCAUAAAAUAUUAGGUUUAUUUUGGUGUAUUUGGCAUAACAUUGGCUUUUUUUAUUCAAAAUUGUACGCUUGCGUUUGACCAGAAUCUCACCUGGGGCCUGUUUAAUAAAACUUACAAUUGUAAAUUACAACGACAAUUUGAUGUUCAUUGCGUAGCUAAUAUGAAACUGCAAAAUAUUCGUGAUCACACACUCCGCAAUGUACAUCAAAUUGUCAUUGUAAUUUACAAUUGUAAGUUUUAUUAAACAGGCCCCUGGUGGUAAGUGACGAUGUGGUCUAGGGUGGAUCACGCUUACCUAGCCAAUGCCUGUUGACUCAAUCCUAUAGUCUUAUAACGAAAACCAUGUAUGCGCCUUUUUGGAAAAUCACAUUCUAAUAUAUUCUAAUAUUUCUUCAAUAAAAACCUUAAUUUAUUUUGAUUAAUUUCACUCUGGGUAUAAAUUGAGACAACAGUUUUGUCUCAAGUGCCAUGAUCACGGGAUGACGGCACCCCGUGAUUAUGGCACUUGCAACAGUGUCGAAAUAUCGGGAGUCUCAUAUCCCUAUUUUUAACGCGGUAUGAACCCGUUAUUAUGUGUUUUAAUUAUGAUAAUAACCGCGUAAACUUAAAACAGUUUUAUGUCUCUUUUUUGAAACUAGUUUCUUUUUAGUAAAUUGCGAGGUUUUGUUAACAUAAAUCACAUUGUAAUGUGAUAAGGUAAACGACGAUAAGGUAAAUUUGGACAAAAGUUGAAAGAUAGAGGAAGGAAAGUCUUGCUAUAGAUCAUGAGUUUUUGACAUUAUAUAUUAUUUAUUACAGCAAAUUUGCUAUGCUAUGCCAAAUAUGCCAAAGAAAAUUAAAUUAGUGUGAAACAAGUUAUUCUCGAGGGUAAAUGUAAUUUAAUUCCACAAAAUUUGUGCUUUUGUUUAAAAGUCAUAUUUCAAAGUUAUGUGCGCAAGUAAUCGUAACUAUUUUAAUGUUAUAUUAUAUUUAUUUAGAAAAUAUGAAUAUAGUACUAAAUACCUGUAACGUCGAUAGCAUCUGAUAGGAUGAUGUUUUUUUUUUGUUUUAGUUCUAACCAUAUUACCUACUACAUGUUUAUUUAAAAAAUAAUGUACAUAUUUCAUCGAGGGCAAAAUUUCUACACAUCAUUUUCCUUAGAGUUUAUUCCUUUUACUGUGAUUCUAGUUACGUCUGAUCUUUGUAAAAUAAUUCCGAUUAAUAAUGUUAAGUCGCCGAUUUUAUUUUAUUAUAUUACGUAUUUAUUUAUUGUGAUUGUAAGAUAGCAAUAAACUUAUAAAUAUCUA